ACAUGGGACUGACAGUUAACAAUUUUUGUGACAGCCGUAAUUUGAUGAACGGAGUGAUUUCUUUAAUUUAACGCAGGUUACAAGAUAACUUAGAAAUCACGUGUUCUAAUUUUUUCCAUCUUAAGCAUUUAAAGCUGUGUAAUUUCUCGUGAUCAACAGGAGUUCGAGUUUUGAAAUUUCUGGGUAAACUUACAUCACGCGCGCUUUUCAUGAGACUUGCAUGACACUGUUUGGGUGCAAAGCGAGAACGCUUUCAUCCAAGGCCUUCCUUUCCGAAAGCUUUAAAAAGAAAAAAAACUUACAAAACGUCGAUAAUUCAUUCUAAAAAUGGGUUCAGCCACAUCCAAGGUCUCGACGGCUUCUGAGAUAAAAACGAUUUCCAACAGAAAGCCGAGCUUGUCGUCCGAGUCAACACCUUCCCUCGCGAGUUCAGAGGAUGGAAAUUGUUCUAUGGUUAAGAUGGGGUUCUUUCAAGUUCCUCUAUUCUGGGCGAACUUUAUCUUCGCAUUUACCACUGUGUUUUCAACGGUUGGCCAGAACGUCUCACUUCCCCUAUGGAUCGAUUCUACAAAAGGUAACAGUCCAGGCCACACGGUGGACAGUUACUUUGUAUUACUGUUCACAAAUGUGGUAUUUCUCGUGAUAUUUGGAAUUGCAACUCUUCACGUUCGAAUAUAUUCACCGGAGGCUCUCAAAGGAAAGGAGGUUCCCCACAAGUUGUUAUUUUUGGUGGGUUUAUUUGACGCUUUGAACGAUGCAAUGGUUUCAUUUGCGAGUAAAGGCUCCCGCACACCACCAUACCUUCAGAACAUUCUUGGUAGCUUUAUGAUUCCCUUGACUAUCUUAUUCAGAAUCGUUAUCGUGCACAAGAAACCAUCAAGACAAAAACUUUUAUGUGGUCUCGUGAUAAUGAUUGGCCUUUUCAUUAGCCUCAUCCCAACAAUUUUCUCGGAUGCUAACAGCAAAGAUCAAGACGAAGUGGAUGACAUUUCAAGGGUGAUGUGGCCUAUUAUGUUCAUGCUUGGAUUUAUUCCGGCAGCGCUAAUGGUUGUUCUUGAAGAAAAAGGAUUGCAAAUGGAAAGUGAAACAUCAGAAGACAGAAUCGGCGUCAUUUAUUUUUUGUUUUGGUCGACCACAUAUCAAGUCAUUUGUAUCUUUGUGCUCUUAUGGUUAAACAUUUUGCCAUGGUACGGAAAUGUUACAAAUUUAGAGGAGUCUGUAGGAAAUAUUUGGUUUGGAUUUCAGUGUUUCUUCGGUGGAGCAGGCUGUGAUUCUUCAUCAGGUUCAAGAGGAACAGUGUACAUUAGUAUGCAUCUGGUGAAUCACAUGGCAGCAGCUUUCUUAUUAAGAUAUGAUGAGGGAGCCACGUGGCUGGCGAUUGUGUCGUCUCUGGUAACUCCCUUGGGUUUUCUCUUCUGGACCUUGUUCAACGAAGUCCCGUUUAAAUGGCAGCCUCAAUGCAACUCGAGCACCUGGUUCAGUAUCGGCGCGCUGGCCAUUAUUGUUCCCGCCAUUUUUGUUUACAACAAGGGAGCUCCAGAGAUUUCUCUGAACUCAAAUGGAAAUGAGCGAAGAGAGUUUGAGGUGUCCCAUCGAAGUCGCUUCUACCGUUCAGUACCUCAGUCUGGUGCAACUCGUCCUCUGUUGUCUGACAACACCAGUUUGGGAAACUACAGUGUUUAAAGCAGCGAGGUGUAACAUUGUUGGGAAAUUUCAACAAUAGCACGAUAAUCUUUUUUUAAUUUGGAAGCUUCUAACGGAAUAAAGUUCAACCAAAUUGAAAAAUAGAAUAACCAGGUUACAUUUCACUAUUUUUCAUCUAUGAUUAUUCUCUAAUAAAUUCUUAAAUAUUUUGGAAAUGUCA